GCCGGCCUGUGCUGGGGGAGGGUGGCGACUGACUCGGAGUGGAGGUUACAGGACCUGUGGAACGUCAUGAAUUAGAACGUGUAGACUGACCAGGAGCCUCUCCGGAAGACCAGGGCAGAGCCAGCUCUUCCUGCCCAACUGCAUCGUGCAGCCCCGUCCUCUGUCUCUGCUCUGCCCUCACUGGCCCCUGGACAAGGGCCAGGCGUCCUGCAGGACCUUUCCUGGGGGAUGGGCAACUGGUGAAGGAGGGUGCCCCACAGAGGCUUAGUUGACCACACCAUGAACCUCCAGGCCCAGCCCAAGGCUCAGAACAAGCGGAAGCGUUGCCUCUUUGGGGAUCAGGAACCCACUCCCAAGGAGCAGCCUUCAGCCCUGCAGGCUCCCCCACAGGCUGUCAGAGUGAAGGAAGAGCAGUACUUGGGGCACGAGGGCCCGGCUGGCACAGCUGCCACCUCUCAGCCUGUGGAGCUGCCCCCUCCCGGCAGCCUGGCCCUUCUGAAUUCUGUGUUUGGCCCUGAGCACAGCACGACAGCCAUGCUGUCCCAGCAGGUGGGCUCUGUAAAGUGGCCCAACUCAGUGAUGGCACCGGGCCGGGGCCCAGAGCGUGGAGGUGGGGGUGUCAGUGACAGCGGCUGGCAGCAGCAGCCGGGCCAGCCUCCACCGCACUCCACGUGGAACCGCCACAGCCUACCCCUCUACAGUGGACCCAAGGGGAGCCCCCAUCCUGGCAUGGGGGUCCCCACCUACUAUAACCACCCUGAGGCCCUGACUCGGGAGAAAGGGGGUGCCCAGCAGCUGGACCGCUAUGGAAACGCUGUGCGGCCUGUCAUGCCACAGAAGGUGCAGCUGGAGGUUGGCCGGCCCCAGGCACCCCUGAACUCUUAUCAUGCAGCCAAGAAGCCCCCAAACCAGACACUGCCUCUGCAACCCUUCCAACUGGCCUUCGGCCACCAGGUGAACCGGCAGGUCUUCCGGCAGGGCCCAUCACCCCAAAACCCCGUGGCGGCAUUCCCUCCGCAGAAGCAGCAGCAGCAGGCACUGCCACAGCAGGCAGCCCUGCCCCAGAUGCAGCUCUUCGAGAACUUCUACCCCAUGCAACAGCCGCCCUCGCAGCAGCCCCAGGACUUUGGCUUGCAGCCGGCUGGGCCACUGGGACAGCCCCACCUGGCUCACCAUGGCCUGGCAACCUAUCCCUUCCCUCCCAACCCCGACCUGAACCCAGAACUGCGCAAGGCCCUCCUGCAGGAGACUGCUCCGCAGCCCGUGCUACCUCAGGCCCAGAUCCCCUUCCCCCGCCGAUCCCGCCGCCUCUCUAAGGAAGGUAUCCUGCCUCCUACCACCCUGGAUGGGGCUGGCACCCAACCCGGGCAGGAGCCCACUGGCAAUCUGUUCCUCCAUCACUGGCCCCUGCAGCAGCCUCCGCCCGGCUCCCUAGGGCAUCCCCAUCCUGAAGCUCUGGGAUUCCCACCAGAGCUGAGGGAGACACAGAUGCUGCCUGAUGGGGAGAGACUGGCACCCAAUGGCCGGGAGCGAGAGGCUCCUGCCAUGGGCAACGAGGAGGGCCUGAGGGCAAUGGGCCCAGGGGACUGUGGACAGGUGCUACGGGGUGGAGUGAUCCAGAGCACACGGCGGAGGCGCCGGGCAUCCCAGGAGGCCAAUUUGCUGACCCUGGCUCAGAAGGCGGUAGAGCUGGCCUCACUGCAGAAUGCAAAGGAUGCCGGUGGCUCCGAGGAGAAGCGGAAAAGCGUACUGGCUUCAACUACCAAGUGUGGGGUGGAGUUCUCUGAGCCUGCCUUAGCCGCCAAGCGAACACGAGAAGACAGUGGGAUGGUUCCCCUCAUCAUCCCAGUGUCUGUGCCCGUACGGACUGUGGACCCAAUGGAGGCAGCCCAAGCUGGAGGUGUUGACGAGGAUGGGAAGUGUCCUGAACAGAACCCGACUGAGCACAAGCCAUCAGUCAUCGUUACACGCAGGCGUUCUACCCGGAUCCCUGUGACAGAUGCUCCAGCUCAGGCUGAGGACAUGAAUGUCAAGAUGGAGGGGGAGCCUUCCGUGCGGAAACCAAAGCAGCGGCCACGGCCCGAACCUCUGAUCAUCCCCACCAAGGCGGGCAGUUUCAUCACCCCUCCCGUCUACUCCAACAUCACCCCAUACCAGAGCCACCUGCGCUCUCCCGUCCGCCUGGCUGACCACCCCGCUGAGAGGAGCUUUGAGCUGCCCCCCUACACGCCACCCCCCAUCCUGAGCCCCGUGCGGGAGGGCUCCGGCCUCUACUUCAAUGCCAUCAUAUCAACCAGCAGCAUCCCAGCCCCUCCACCCAUCACGCCAAAGAGUGCCCAUCGCACCCUGCUCCGCUCUAACAGUGCUGAAGUCACCCCACCGGUCCUCUCUGUGAUGGGGGAGGCCACCCCAGUGAGCAUCGAGCCACGGAUCAACGUGGGUUCCCGCUUCCAAGCAGAAAUCCCCUCGAUUCGGGACCGCACCCUGGCGGCUGCAGACCCCCACAAGGCCGACCUGGUGUGGCAGCCCUGGCAGGACCUAGAGAGCAGCCGGGAGAAGCAGAGGCAAGUGGAAGACCUGCUGACGGCUGCCUGCUCCAGCAUUUUCCCUGGAGCCGGCACCAAUCAGGAGCUGGCCCUGCACUGUCUGCAUGAGUCCAGGGGAGAUAUCCUGGAAACACUGAAUAAACUGCUACUGAAGAAGCCUCUGCGGCCCCACAGCCACCCACUGGCAACUUAUCACUACACAGGCUCUGAUCAGUGGAAGAUGACUGAGAGGAAGCUGUUCAACAAGGGCAUUGCCAUCUACAAGAAGGACUUCUUCCUGGUGCAGAAGUUGAUCCAGACCAAGACUGUGGCCCAGUGCGUGGAGUUCUACUACACCUACAAGAAGCAGGUGAAGAUCGGCCGCAAUGGGACUCUCACCUUUGGGGAUGUGGACGCGAGUGAUGAGAAGUCAGCCCAGGAAGAGGUUGAAGUGGAUAUUAAGACUUCUCAGAAGUUCCCAAGGGUGCCUCCUCCCAGAAGAGAGUCCCCAAGUGAAGAGAGGCUGGAGCUCAAGAGGGAGGUGAAGGAACCCAGGAAGGAGGGGGAGGAGGAGGUACCAGACGUCCAGGAGAAGGGGGAUCAGGAAGAGGGGCGAGAGCGCAGCCGGCGGGCAGCGGCCGUCAAAGCUACGCAGACACUACAGGCCAAUGAGUCGGCCAAUGACAUCCUCAUCCUCCGGAGCCAUGAGUCCAACGCCCCUGGGUCUGCCGGUGUCCAGGCCUCAGAGAAGCCAAGGGAGGGACCAGGGAAGUCACGAAGGGCACUACCUUUUUCAGAGAAGAAGAAAAAAACAGAGGCAUUUAAUAAGACCCAGAAUCAGGAGAACACUUUCCCUUGUAAAAAAUGUGGCAGGGUGUUUUACAAGGUAAAGAGCCGCAGCGCACACAUGAAGAGCCAUGCGGAGCAGGAGAAGAAGGCCGCCGCGCUGAGGCAGAAAGAAAAGGAGGCAGCCGCUGCAGCCGCCGCCGCCCACCAGCAGCAAGCCCUGCGGGAGGAGAGCAGCGCCGGCGAGAAGGGCUGAGCUCCCUCUCCCUGCACUGCAAGGCCCACGCAGCCCAGCCCAGCCCACGGACUCCCGGCACCUCUGGAGGGGGUGAGGAGAGAAUCACGUGGACUUUUCUCUGCAAAACAAACAAGACAAUGAAAUAAACAAACGGCUCUUUUAUUUAUAAAGGCCCCGGAGCUGUGUUAAGGGCUGCAGGAUCCAGUUCUCUUUGCAUUGGUUUGUCGGAAGCUGUCCUAGAGCCUUCCUGGAACUGAGAUUCUGGUCCUUGGGAGGGGCCCCCCGGGCCUCUCACACUCUGCUGCCUCUGCUGCCCCCAGUCUCUUCCCUUCUCUUUGCCUGCCCCUCCUCCCCUCUGUCUCCAGGAAGCCACCAUGGCCAGCCAAGCACAAGCUCACCCCGCCUGCAGCAUGGUUUCCCCUCCCAGGGAACCGGGAAGGCAGCACAGGCCCUCUCUAGCCCAGAAAACGGGCCUCCCACGCGGGGAGUGUAGGGGGCCUCUGAAGGACUCAGCCUGACACUGGGCUGUCCCUGCACAACAGUGUCCAGGCCUCAGCUGCUCCAGCGACUGCAUCCUCCCACAGUGCCUCUCCAAAGGGAGGCCCAGGACAGGUACUGUCCUUUUGCUGCUCGCUAGCAGCCCUGCUGGGGCUGGAAAGUUCUUGAAACGUUUGUGGGAGGGGCAGUGUUCCUGUCCGCAUCAGCCUACUGCAGGGAAGGGAACUCUACAGGCUACACGUGCCAGGCAAGGCCUGAGGGAGCUUUUGACAAGCCUGGCUGUCCCCAAACCCCACCAUGUCGCCAAAUUCCUUUGGGCUCUGGAGGUUGCUAAGGGAGCUUAGCCUGGAGCAGGUUCUGGAGAAGCUCAGCCUGCUCCUCCUCAGUGCUCCCUGCCUGCCUGCGCCCUGCCCUCAGCAGCUGCCACCUAAACCCACUGCAGCCCGCCCCACCUAGUGUUGUCCACAGCCCAGCCCCCAGGCCUACACGCUGGAGAUUUCUGGAUCCUUCCCUGGGAGGGGGAGGUCUCCUAACUAGAUUGGACAGGAGCCUUCAUUCCUUGACUCGUGUCAUUUGGGAGCUAUUUAUUUAUUCUUAAUAUUUAAUUUUUAACAUCCUCUCAGGGACCAGGGGCCUCCUGCUUUCCAGAGGCCCAAGUGCAUUUAUCCCAAAACAAGGCACCUUCUUGACAUCCCCAUCCCCACCCCUGUUUGUAAAGACCCGAAGGCCCCUCCCUUCGUUUUGGAAGCCCUUCACAAUAGGAAGGAUAGUAGCACUGAAAGGGGGAGAAGGUAAGGGUGUCACCAGAGCCACACAGACUAGCAGCCGAGGGCGAUCAGAGGCAGUUGGUGUGGCUGCUCCUUCCCUAGCUGUGCUUUCAAAGCUGUACUUUUCUCUAGCUGUACUUUUCAAAUUGCCUGAGGGAAUGGGCAGGAGGCCAGAAUUCUAGUUUUGUUUACCAGUCCUGGAUUCUGGCUUAAAGAAGCCGUAUUCGGCAUAGAGUCACUGAAGGAAAGGUUCUGGAGGCUCCUUCCCUUGCCAGUUCCAUGGGGAGCUGAGUUAUUUUUCCGACCAUAUUACGUGACUUUAGUUAUGCAAAAGAAAUUCUAAGUGAAUGUGUUUAUGGCAGGCUAGCAUGUUAGGAAGGAGUCAAAAAGCAGACGAGAUAGCCUAAAGGCAUUAGAUGGGGAACUGGGAGUGGAGAGGGAGUUUCGUUUUUAAACUAUGCACUAUCAGGUAUUUUCCAGCAUUCAUUUAUAUUAAUAUGGUUCUACAGGACCCAAGCUACGGGAGUAACAGACAUUUUCCCUCAGGCUUCUGGACAACUACCUAGAUCUCCAACUUUCUAGUUUCCUUCCUAGGCUUCUACAACUCAUUGUCUCAAGAUUGCAAAAAUCUGGUAUACCCUCUAGAAGCAGGAGGGUAGCGAAUUUAGGCUGUCGUCUGAAUCACUUGUGUAAUGAGUGCCUUCGCAGCUUAGCCCCAAAGUGCUACUUAUGUUUCCCAAGGCUUUCUUUUGGUUUCAGGCCCCUUUAGUGACAUGCGGUAACAGAAACCUCCUUUGGUUAUGUGAGUUGCUUCUGUUCAAUGGUGACAUCCAGUACUUGGAACUCUUUUUUAACAAGAAAGUGAUUCUCCUCUCCUAAGCUUGCAGAUCAGACCAGGGGAACCGUAGCUGGGAAGAAUCAAGAUGGCACCUCUCCGCAUUGAUCCCACCAGAUGUAUUUUCGGAGGGUCCGUGCUCCAGGAUGCAUUUAUAUCUAGACUGUAAUGUGAAACUUAAAUGUUUAGAGAUAUAGUUGUGGCAAGUGACCUGCCAAUGAAGAAAAUGCAGCCUUAGAAGCUGGCUUAGGUAUAUCUUAAUGGUGCUUUCUCCCUGUGAACGCAUUAAGUUUGUCUUUUGUUGUUGGUGGUGUAUCCUAUUCAGAGCUCUUUGCUUUACAAAGUUAAACGACAAACACCUCCAGCUUUAUACUGUCCUCCCCAAGUUGUCUCACCAUGCCUAUCCCCCAGCCUUCAUUCAGCCAAGGGCGUGAAACUGACCUAGUGCCUGUGUUCCGGACCAUUUCUGAGGUCUCUUACCAUCCAAGGAGACAGUGCCAUCAUUACUGUCCUCCAUGCCUUCGGCGGCCCCCUCACAGCUAAGGUACACACCCAGCCCUCCUGCCAUCCACCUUCACCCCUGGCACAGAGGCCUCGUGCUGCUUAUGUCUAAAGGGAUAGCCUAUAUUUAACUGCCUCAAUGACCUAACCUCUUUCUUCUCAGUGCCAGAUGUUAUGAUGAAGAAGGAAUACAACACAUAUUCAAGCCUCAGCUGUUCAUUUUUGCACUGGGGCUCACUUUUCUGGGAUGGUAUUUAGUACCAGACUGGCAAACCUGACUCCGUAGGUUUACAGGAAGUAUGCAUAUUUUUAUAAAACAGUUGUGUCUGCCCUGCAUUUUGCUGUAUUAAUAUUUGCCUCUUACUAACAAUUUGCAGCUACGUCACCCUUUCCUCAUUCGUCUCUAAGUUGAAGGCCUUGUUGGAGGGGACAGAGCACAGGAACAG